AUGGACCACAUGGGAUUCCAGAUCCCGACCAUGGCGCCGCCGCCCCUCCUUAAUCAACCCCCCCAGAUAUUUGGGAGCUACGAUGGCCUCCCUCACAUGACGUCCGACCUGGCCGCCCAAAUGUUCCAGGACUCGGCCAUGUUGCUUGACGACUCUGUCGAGGCCAAGCGGAGGAGGAUUGCUCGGGCCUGUGAUAUGUGCAGGAAGAAGAAGAUCAAGUGCGACGGCAAGCUGCCUGCUUGCAGUCACUGCACAAACUACAAGACCGAAUGUGUCUUCACCCAGGUUGAGAAGAAGCGCAGUCCUCCCAAGGGCGCCAAGUAUAUUGAAGGCUUAGAGAACCGACUUGGGCGCAUGGAACAUCUUCUAAGACUCUCAGGACUCCUCGACGACGAGGAAGGCGAUGUUGACCUAAGCGUUCUAGAGAAGAAGCUCAUGGAAAGGAAUCAACAAUCGCGGCAGGCUUCUUUGGCUACCACAUCCUCUCCAACUUCUCCCUCGCAAGCUACUUCCGUACCAUCGGCCACCGAUGGAGCCGAGUCCACCCCGCAGAGUUCAUUUACGUCCCCGGCCCCCGCUGCCGCCGUCAUUCCUAAGGAUGAGAAGUUCAAAUCUUCGAGCCCCCCUGCGGACAAGAACCCAGAGGGGCAAGAAGAAGUUGAAGCUCUGUCGGAGAUGAUGUGCUCUCUAGUAACCAACAACUACGGCGAGACGAGAUAUAUCGGAUCGUCAUCUGGCUUCUCCAUCUUUUCUCCCAAGGGAAUCCAAUGGGUCAACACCAAGACCGGCGACCAGUCCUUCCAGCGCACCAUAUCCGACGUCUCCGUUGACGACCACAAGUGGACUAACUGGAAACCUGAGGUCUUUGGCGAUCUGUUCCGCCGCCAGAUCUUCCGUCCUUUGCCCUCGAAGCCCGAGGCCUUGUCCCUCCUCAAGGAUUUCUUCGAGAACUUCAACUGCAUCUUUCCCCUCUUCCACCAGCCUACUUUCAUGCACCUUGUGGAACUACAGUACUCCACUGAACCCUACCAUGGCUCUGGCUGGUGGGCCAGUCUCAAUGUUACCCUUGCCAUCGCCCACCGUCUGCGUGUCAUGAGUAACUUGGUGCCCCAGGAAGAAGAUGACAAGGCCUGGGGCUAUCUGAAGAAUGCAAUGGGCGUGUUCCCCGAGCUGAUGAUGCGAAAUACAGACCUUCUGAGUGUCCAGGCUCUCCUGGGCAUGGCCUUGUUCAUGCAGGGAACUCCCAACCCCCAACCGAGCUUCCUUCUCAUCUCAGCCGCUAUGCGUCUAGCCCACAGUAUUGGUCUCCACAAGCGCGGUACGGGCUUCAACCUCAACCCCAUCGAGAUUGAGCAGCGGAAGAGGGUCUUCUGGAUUGCUUACAUGCUGGACAAGGAUCUGUGCCUCCGAUCCGGCCGGCCACCCGCACAGGACGACGACGAUAUGAACGUGGAGCUCCCAGAAGCUGAUCCUGUGGAUAAUAUCGGCAAUAUCCCACUGGCAGAUGGGAAAGGCAAAAUGAACCUGUUCCGGGUCAUGUGCGAGGUUGCAACAAUCGAGAGCGAGGUGUAUAAGCGGCUAUACUCGGUGCAGGCUACGAAGCAGUCUGACGGUGACCUGCUCAACACCAUCGGCGAGCUAGACCAGAAGCUGGAGGAUUGGAAGGACAGAAUCCCCGUUGACUUCCGCCCGGAACAUGAGAUCAAGGCCUCGCACACUCCCCUAAUCCUUCACGUUGUCAUGGUCCACCUCACCUACUACAACUGCCUAACAACGAUCCAUCGCAUGUCUAUUCACCAUGGAUACUGGACUAGCCGUCUUUCCAACUACGCCAUCCAGGGCCUGAAUUCGAAGCCCCUCAACCCUCGAGUCUUCUCCUCAGCGACCAUUUGCACCAACGCGGCGAGGGCGUCCGUGUCGUUGCUGAAGUACGUCCCACAGGGCGACUUUUCUUGUGUCUGGAUGAUUUUGUAUUUCCCCGUUUCUGCUCUCGUGACAUUGUUCGGCAACAUCUUGCAGAAUCCUGUGGACCCACGCGCCAAAUCGGACACCCGACUGAUGAACACGGUGGUUACCUUCCUCUCUAUGCUGGGACAAGAGGCCGAACAAGGUGGUGUUCACCGAAUGCUCGGCAUCUGCGCAGAGUUUGAGCGUAUCGCCAGGGCAGUCAUCGAGAAGGCGGAGAAGGACCAGUCUUCACGUCGCAAACGCAAGCCCCAGGACACAUCUAGCAAGACUCCAGCCUACACGACGACGGCCACUCCAUCCAGUUUCUCCGCGACACAGACCCCUCGGGCUGCAAAUUCAACACCUCCUGGAGGUGAUCCAAACAGCCAUCGAUCGCCUUCACUGAGGCCGGAUCAUGGCUCGCCUUUCUCCAUGCCGACCUCUGUAAACGGUGGCUCUCCACCGAUGGGCUCGGCCGGCUGGACUCAGGACUUUGGCAUGUCCCAAAACGGGGACUACGACUCCUUCAACUUUGUCCCUGGCGUGCAUUCUCCCCCCAUGCAUCCCGGGGCAAUGUUCCAGCAGCCGGUCCUCCCACACGACCUCUUUAGCUUGCCCAUGAACUUGGACUUUACAUUCGCUGAGAUGAGCGGCGGUGCAUACCCAACGGUCGAGAAUGGCAACUUCAACAUUGAUCACUUGAUGGGUGCUGCGCCACAAUGA